CUCACAGCCGGGGAGGAGAUCAGGGAUGGGGCAGGUGAGGAAGACGUGUGGUUGGGCCAUUGCAUCAGGCCCAGGAGGGACAUAAAGGAGGGUCCUGCGUGCUGGGAGGAGGCCGACUUGGGGACCAUGGAGACUCAGAGGGCCAGCCUCGCCCUGGGGCGGUGGUCACUGUGGCUACUGCUGCUGGGACUAGCGGUGCCCUUGGCCAGCGCCCAGACCCUCAGCUACAGGGAAGCUGUGUUUCGUGCUUUAGAUCAGCUCAACGAGCGGUCCUCAGAAGCUAAUCUCUACCGCCUCCUGGAGCUGGACCUGCCUCCCAAGGCCGACGAGAGCCUGGACACCCCAAAGCCUGUGAGCUUCACGGUGAAGGAGACCGUGUGCCCCAGGACGACCCAGCAGCCCCCGGAGCAGUGUGACUUCAAGGAGAAUGGGCCCCAGAGUGUCGGGGGACUGCGAAGCCUGGGUAGGAAGAUACUAAGAGGUUGGAAGAAGUAUGGCCCAGUUAUCGUCCCAAUAAUCAGAUUAAUUGGGUGAAUUGUGAGCCCACGGAAAAGUCCUAAGGGUCUGCCUGCCCUGGUUCAGACUUCUGGACUCUGAGAAAUAAAUUCUUG